AUGCGGUUCACGCCACCGCCGCCGCUCUGCGUGGGAAGGAUGAUCUUCGGGCUCGACGACGCACCUGGCCUUUCCAAGACGACUUCCAACUUUGCUGCUCUCUGCACGGGCGAAAAGGGACCGUGCAAGAACGCCCCCAACAAGAAGCUGCACUAUCUCGACUGUCCGAUCCACCGCAUUGUCAAAGGCUUCGUCGCGCAAGGUGGAGAUAUCACGCGCGGGGAUGGCAGUGGGGGAGAGUCCAUUUACGGCGGCAAGUUUAACGACGACAAGGCGGGCCUAAAGAAGAAACCGGCUCGGGGGGCUCUCGCGAUGGCGAACUCGGGGAAAAACACGAACUCGUCGCAAUUCUUCAUCGUGCUCACGGAUGACGAGACCAAGAUUAGCAAGAUGGCGGGGAAGUAUGUCGUGUUCGGCUUCCUGGUCGAUGGCUGGGAGGUCCUGGACCGCCUCGACGCCGUCGGCGGCGGACCUGACGGAAAUCCGAGCGAAGCAGUGUGGAUAGGAGGGUGCGGAAAGUUAUAA